AAGGCAGAACCAGCCUUCACAACACAUCACCUUUUCUUUCAACGAUCAGAGCGUGUCCAGGUUCCUCCAUCUAACUGUCGUUGCCACUAUCAUCAGAAGUUCUGUUGUGCCGUUAACUCGAGUCCUACAAUAGAUCCACUGCUAUCGCUACUACUACUACUACUACUACUACUACUACUACAGAUUUUGGCGUAUAUCAAUCUCUUUGUGAUUACUAAUACCGCAAGUAGAUUACACAACUACACUCUUCUCAAACUACACGAAGAAGAGAGAUUUCAACGACAUAGGUCUUUUAUUGCCGUCCUGUAGGGUUAUCUAAAAGCUACUUUUUUACCCUAAUAUAAACCCAAGCAUGGCACCAGCUGGAAAUAUGAGUACCAUUCACGACCAAUUCACAGGACCUAACUUGAACGUCACGCUAACCUGCCCGGAGUGUAAGAUCUUCCCACCAGAUUUGAUAGAGAGAUUUAGUGAGGGAGAUAUCGUGUGUGGAAGUUGUGGGUUGGUGUUGAGUGAUCGUGUGGUUGAUACUCGUUCGGAAUGGAGAACGUUUAGUAAUGACGAUCAAAACGGUGACGAUCCAUCCCGUGUAGGUGAUGCCGGGAACCCCUUAUUAGAUACCGAAGAUUUGUCGACGAUGAUUUCGUAUGUUCCUGAGAACAGCAGGGCCGGAAGAGAAUUGAAUCGUGCACACCAAAAGAAUACCGUAGAUAAGAAGGACAAUGCGUUGGCAGCAGCAUAUCAAAAGAUUUCGCAGAUGUGCGAAGGGUACCAAUUACCGAAGAUUGUCCAGGAUGGAGCCAAGGAAGUGUACAAGAUGGUACAUGAUGAAAAACCAUUACGAGGGAAAUCACAAGAGUCCAUCAUGGCAGCUUCGAUUUUCAUUGGAUGUAGAAAGGCCAAAGUUGCUCGUUCAUUUAAAGAAAUCUGGGCCUUAACUAAUGUUCCUAGAAAAGAGAUUGGUAAAGUAUUCAAGAUUAUGGACAAGGUAAUUCGAGAAAAGAAUGCCGCAAAUCCAACCAAUGCUAUCUACUUUAGUCAAGAUAACAUCCAAACCACACAAACGUCAGCUGAAGAUUUGAUUAGAAGAUUUUGUUCCCAUUUGGGGUUACAUACACAGGUUACCAAUGGGGCAGAGUAUAUUGCCAGAAGAUGUAAAGAAGUUGGUGUCCUUGCUGGUCGUUCUCCCACCACUAUUGCGGCUACAGUUAUCUAUAUGGCGGCAUUAGUGUUUGGUGCUGAUUUAGCACCUUCUAAGAUUUCUGACAAGACCGGUGUCAGUGAUGGUACUAUUAAGACCUCUUAUAAGGUAAUGUACGAGGAAAGAGAAAAACUUAUUGAUCCUUAUUGGAUUGAAACUGGGAAAGUAAAAUUGGAAAAUAUUCCAAAGAGUUGAACUUUAUAGAUAUUAAUUAUACUUUGUAAUUGUUUUAAUGGAUAUGGUUGAUUAGUAUUUU